UCAUUCUUUCAAUUUCAAACCAUUCCCUCUCCAGCAAAAAGCAGAAGAAAACAUUCCCAGCUGUGACGGGAAAAAUGUGAGAAGUAUAAUGCAUUUUUGCUUAGAUGAAUUCAAUGGAUUCAACCAACAAUUCUCAGGGAAGUUCUUUCACAUUUCCUGAGAAGAUUUGCGCCGCACUCAUCCCAUUUAUAGCAAUAGCUGAAGCUUUAAUCUUUGCGUUGUCGGGCUGUUUCGAGUGUCUUCCCAAUCCCAUAAAUCUCCGCCGUCCCAAGAAACUGCGGUGUGCAUACAAGGAACUCGUUCAACUAUCCCAAGAAUCUCGAUUCUCAGUAAACGAAGUGGAGGCAUUGUAUGAGUUGUUUAAGAAGUUGAGUUGUUCGAUUGUUGAUGAUGGGUUCAUCCACAAGGAAGAGCUUCAGCUAGCAUUGUUUCAAACUUCACAAGGUGAAAAUCUUUUUCUGGAUCGGGUUUUUGAUCUUUUUGAUGAAAAGAGAAAUGGUGUAAUUGAGUUUGAGGAGUUUAUCCAUGCCCUGAAUGUAUUCCAUCCAUGUGCUCCAAUGGAGGAAAAAAUAGAUUUUGUCUUUAAGCUUUAUGAUCUGAGACAGACAGGGUUCAUUGAGCGAGAAGAAGUCAAGCAAAUGGUGAUUGCAAUUCUAAUGGAAUCUGAGAUGAAGUUGUCUGAUGAUCUUCUGGAGCAAAUUCUUGACAAGACUUUUGCCGAUGUUGAUGCAGACAGGGAUGGGAGAAUUAAUAAAGAGGAGUGGAAGGAUUUUGUUAUUCAGCAUCCCUCACUCUUGCGGAACAUGACUCUUCCAUACUUGAAAGACAUCAGCACUGUAUUCCCCAGUUUUGUUUUCAACACAGUGGUUGAAAAUGCUUAAGUAAAAUUCUGAGGAGAGUAUCAUUUCGGGGUUGCUAUUGGUUAGACAUGGAUGCUUUUAGCUCCUCAGCUUCUUGUUUGAUGCAGAGAUAUCAACCAAGUUCUUAGAGGUGCAAAAAUCAGUCCUUCAGCAGGGAAUUUUGAGGUGGCAUCACUUGGUAUUCUUCUUGCUAUGGAUUGAUCAAUUUUGAAAUCUCAUUCUCUCGUACAAUCCAACUGCAAGCCCCCCUGUACAUAUAUUCAUCUGGAGCAGUUAUUUAGAGCAACAGCAUUGCAGCAUUUUCUGCUAGAAUGUUUCAGUUGGUUACAAACGUUUCUGUACAUUACUUUUCCUUGUAACCAACCUUAGCUUUGGAUUAUACAUUAGCGUGUUUUCUGCUCAUUUUUAUGCAUCAGUUUCCUUUUCUGCUUUCUGGUCACCUGAGAUUUGACUGUUGUUAGUGAAGCUCACUAGGGUCAUUUUUCUGUACAUGAUUGACUGCCUUUUUUACAAUCUGCCUAGUGUUUGGCGAUUGUCAUCUAUAAUAGAGAGCUAGAAUAUCCUUGAUUUUUGUUCUUGGGUAUUCCAGUACUUUAAAUUUGA